AUGUGCGCUGGUCAGAUGGACUCUCUGCAGGACACCGGUGUAGCCGUUAGCAUGCACGAUACCGCCGAGUCUCGCGAAAUUGAUAUCACGCAGUCUGAACUGUUGGUCAACUUCUUCUGGGAGAGCAAGGAGGAGUUCUUUGCUGCCUACGCUCUUUCCACGCUGAUAAAUCUGCUACGUGAACCGGUCAUGCGUAGCCAGUGCGACAAGGUGGUUCAGGCCAUCUGCAACGUCGUGUCCUCCCUUGGCCAACGCUCGAUUCCCUACCUGCACCAGGUCAUGCGGGAGCUCUUCCAGUGUCUGCAGAGCCUUCAAGAUGCACGGCUGCAGGAGACCGUCGUCAACCAUCUGGCCUCCAUCGUCUCUAUCAUCGGUCCGCAUGCGAAGGAGUUUGUUCACGAUGUGGUGAACAUAAUUAUUGCUCACUGGUGGAUCUCUCCGGCCGUGCAACGUGCUGCCAUUCGACUCCUCGGCUCUAUCAGCUCUGCGCUUGGCAGUGACUUUAGGCCCUUCAUCUCUCGUCUGACACCCACUCUGUUGCGAAUGCUGAAACAGGAGACUGAUGAAGCCAAUCUGAUAGCUCUCUUUGACCUGCUGGGUAAUCUGGGAAUCUUGCUGGAGGAUCACGUGCAUAUCCUUGUG